CCACUUUUCGACUCGAUACUUUACCUCAAAUUCCCAAACCACAAGUUCAAACUUCAUUUCUUUCACCUCAGCAAGUGAUUGAAGUUCACCACAGCCGCCAAAAUGCCUAAGAAGAGAAAGAACAACGGACGCAACAAGAAGGGCCGUGGCCACGUCAAGCCCAUUCGUUGCUCCAACUGCUCGCGAUGCACGCCCAAGGACAAGGCCAUCAAGAGAUUCACCAUCCGCAACAUGGUCGAGUCUGCUGCUAUUCGUGAUAUCUCGGACGCUUCGGUCUUCGCCGAAUAUGUCGUUCCCAAGAUGUACCUCAAGCUGCAGUACUGCGUGAGCUGUGCCAUCCACGGCAAGAUCGUUCGGUACGUGUUUGUCCCCUAAGGGAAGGACAGCUACUCCGGAAGUGUUCUUGUGGUUCUGUUCCCCAGGGCUACGAGACACUUCUGGAUGUAGGGCUAGAGACGAACCUUGGCGAACUUUAGGCCUCCCUCCCCUUGCACCAUGGCGGCCUGUGGGCUGCGCUAGGAUGCUGGCGACGAAGUCCUUUGGUCAUCUUGAGGUCUUGACGCAAGAGCUAUCGCAGCCUGCUGUCACCCUCCCUGCGUGAAUUCUUGAAGAAUCACAUAGGCUCUUAAUUGAAGAGAAGACUCGUCGUCUCCUGCGCAGCCUUCAGCGCCUAUUAGACUUGACUAGUACAAUGCUAACAUCUUCACAGUGUUCGUUCGCGUGAGGGACGCCGCAACCGUGCUCCUCCCCCUCGUGUCCGUUACAACAAGGACGGCAAGAAGAUCACUCCUACCCAGGGCGCUAAGACCUCUUAGAUGGGAUGUGAAGGACGGAUCAUGAACGAAAUGCGGGAAAAUCUCGCGCCAUUAUGAGGCUGCAUGCAUGAAUGGGGCAUGACGGGGCAAAAAUCUUUUUUAGGGAUCAUGGACAGGCUGGCGUCAACCUUUUUCUGGGAUUGCUUUUGUUUUGCGGCUACUUCAAACCCAUGGUGGACUGCCCACAUUUAGGGCUACUCAGAGAUAUCCACGAUGACCCAAAGGGCUUCGGCGUAUUCCGUAGUGAAUCGAUCCAUUCGAGCCGAG